ACUUAUAUGUGUAACUGGAUUUUAGAAAUGACUUUUCAAGUCAUUUUAGCUUUUUCGUGCAUGAUAUUAAUUGAUUCAACACCAGCGGACGCUGGUCAACAAAAGCGCGUUCUUCUUCACGGCAAUGACGACCUUGCAGCAGCAUUACAACUACUGACCACUGAGGUUAACCAUCUGACUACUGAGGUCACUCAAUUGACCAAUCAGAACAGUCAACUGGUCGCAAAAAACGCGGCGUUUGAGGAGAAAAUUACACAGUUCGAGUCCAAAAUCAACCAACAGGAGUUGGACAUUGCAACACUCACGUCUAGCCCAAAAGGGGGCUCGGUUUACACAAGAUGGGGUAGAAGCACGUGUCCACCUAAUGGAACUGAUCUCGUUUACUCAGGUUACACAGCUGGAAAUCUAUACUCUGAAGUUGGAGCAGCUGACUAUAUAUGCCUUACAUCGCAGCCACUUUGGGGAGCCUACGACGACUCUCAACAGCCAAUGUCCGCUAGGAUAUAUGGAACAGAAUACCAAUUUCACGAGCAGAAUUUCCCAAAGUUAGGUGUGGAGUUUUUCGGGAAUGAUUUGCACAAUCAUGAUGCGCCGUGUGCUGUAUGCCGUACAUCGCGUGACACAACCGUCAUGAUUCCAGGAAGAAACCAGUGCUACCCGGGAUGGACGAAAGAAUACGCCGGCUAUCUUGUAUCAGGCGCAUCGGGUCAUCCCAACUUUAAAUCGGGAACCAACUACGCAUGUCUUGAUUCCAACGCUCAAGUAGAAAAUGGCGAUUACCAAAACAACAACGGGAAACUGAUGUACAUGGUCGAGGCAGUAUGUGGGUCUCUUCGCUGCCCGCCCUAUGUACAGUAUCGUGAAAUCACGUGUGUUGUAUGUAGCAAAUAA